AUGACAAACGCCGAAAGCACGAAUCCUAAUUUUCAGGAAUUCGACUGGACUGAAGAACAAAAAUCUUAUAUAAUUUCCAGCUUCUACUGGGGUUACGUGGUCACACAGUUUCCCGGUGGCUAUUUGAGUCGACGUUUCGGUGCGAAAAUUGUGAUGAGCAUAGGUGUCUUCGGUUCGUCUAUAUGCAGUUUGGCCACACCAUAUCUGGUGUGUUGGGGCGGCUGGCAAAUAUUCUGUGUUAUACGUAUUUUGCAGGGUCUCUGCCAGGCAGCACUCUUUCCCGCCAUACAUGAGCACAUUGCCAAAUGGUCUCCGCCACAAGAGCGCAACUUGCUGGGCGCACUCAUAUAUUCGGGUGUCGAUUGUGGCAUGGUGUUGGCAAUGCUUGUAAGUGGCUUGAUUGCAGGCAGCGCGCUCGGCUGGCCGGGUAUUUCGUAUAUUUCAGCUGGCGCUGGUUUUGUCUGGUGUUUAUUUUGGUACAUAUUCGCCGCCAAUAAUCCGCCAACAUCGCGCUUUAUUACGAAAGCAGAGUGCGAGUACAUUGAGACUUCUAUGAGACGUGAGAAAGACUUCCACGAACGGAAAAUACCUGUACCAUGGUUGGCAAUGUUCACUUCGGUGCCCUUCUUGGCGUUACUCGUUGUGCGUUGUGCCGAAACGUGGGGCUUUAGCACCGCGCAAUCGCAGAUUCCCUCAUACUUCAAUGGUGUAUAUAAUAUGAAUAUAAAGAGUAAUGCGUUGUGCUCGGCCCUGCCGUACAUAGCGCGUUGGAUUAUGUCGUACAUCUACUUGUUCUUCGGUAAUAUGGCGAUCGCAAGGAACUGGCUCUGCUUGACGACGGUGCGUAAGAUCGCCAAUACGUUUGCCAUGUGGCUGCCAGCGUUGUUUAUGAUCGGUAUAGGAUUCCUUGAUGAUACCAAUAGAUCUUUGGCUAUUGCUUUGAUGACCAUGAAUGUCGGCUUCAACGGUGGUAUUACCAUGGGUUGUAUACUCAGCACGAUUGAUGUAUCGCCGAAUCAUGCGGGCGUCGUAAUGGGUAUCGUGAAUACGCUGACUAAUGUGGUGUCUUUGUUUACGCCACUGGUUGUGGGCUUCGUAGUCACCGAUGCGCAUAAUCGCUCGGACUGGCAAAUUGUUUUCAUAAUUGCCGCGUGUGUUUUCUUUGUGGGCAAUUUGAUAUACCUAAUGUACGGCACGGCUGAGGCUCAGCCAUGGGACGCGCCUGACUAUCUGUUAAGGAACAAUAUUGAGGAAGCACCAAAAACUGCGCGUAGCGAUAAGCUUAGGAGAGUUGAUGUCUCAAGUGUUGCCCGGUGCGAAAGUGAAGGCUGUUCUAGCGGGAGUGGGAUGCCUUAUCUGGUGGAGGAAUCCAAAGAUGUUCUAAAAAAUAGAAAAUAUUGAAAAAAUUCUGUGAUGCUAUAUUGUAACCUUAAAGUUAGCUAGAGUUCAGCUGA